GCCAUGGCCGCGAACUGCGCGGGGGCCGCGGGGACGGCGGCGGGAGCCGUGGCCGCGGUGGGCUCGGCCCUCAGCGCCAGCAAGACCAAGACCAAGAAGAAACACUUCGUGUGCCAGAAGGUGAAGCUGUUCCGGGCCUCGGAGCCGCUGCUCAGCGUCCUUAUGUGGGGGGCGAACCACACGAUCAAUGAGCUCAGCAAUGUUCCCGUCCCCGUCAUGUUAAUGCCCGAUGACUUUAAAGCCUACAGUAAGAUUAAGGUGGACAAUCAUCUAUUCAACAAGGAGAACCUGCCGAGCCGUUUCAAGUUCAAGGAGUACUGUCCGCUGGUGUUCCGGAACCUGCGGGAGCGCUUUGGGAUCGACGACCAGGACUACCAGAACUCGGUGACGCGCAGCGCCCCGGUGAACAGCGACAGCCAGGGCCGCUGCGGCGCGCGCUUCCUCACCACCUACGACAGGAGGUUCGUCAUCAAGGCGGUGUCCAGCGAGGACGUGGCGGAGAUGCACAACAUCCUCAAGAAAUACCACCAGUUCAUCGUGGAGUGCCACGGCAACACGCUGCUGCCGCAGUUCCUGGGCAUGUACCGGCUGACCGUGGACGGCGUGGAGACCUACAUGGUGGUCACCAGGAACGUCUUCAGCCACAGGCUGACCGUGCACAGGAAGUACGACCUGAAGGGCUCAACAGUAUCCAGGGAAGCAAGUGACAAGGAGAAGGCCAAGGAUCUCCCAACCUUCAAGGACAAUGACUUCUUGAAUGAGGGUCAGAAGCUGCACGUUGGAGAAGACAGUAAAAAGAACUUCCUGGAGAAGCUGAAGCGGGACGUGGAGUUUUUAGCCCAGCUGAAGAUCAUGGAUUACAGCCUGCUGGUGGGCAUCCACGACGUGGACCGGGCCGAGCAGGAGGAGAUGGAGGUGGAGGAGCGGGCAGAGGACGAGGAGUGCGAGAACGACGGGCUGGGGGGGAACCCCAUCUCCUCCUACGGGACCCCCCCCGACAGCCCCGGCAACCUCCUCAACUACCCCCGCUUCUUCGGGCCCGGGGAGUUCGACCCCUCCGUGGAUGUGUACGCCAUGAAGAGCCACGAGAGUGCCCCCAGGAAGGAGGUUUAUUUCAUGGCCAUCAUCGACAUCCUCACGCCCUACGACACCAAGAAGAAAGCUGCACACGCUGCCAAGACAGUGAAACACGGGGCCGGGGCCGAGAUCUCCACCGUGAACCCCGAGCAGUACUCGAAACGCUUCAACGAGUUCAUCUCCAGCAUCCUGACAUAGUGCAGCCUCCUCCCCGGAGCCGCCAGGCGCGGCCAUCCUCAUCCUCAUCCUCACCCCCUCCGCCGGCCGCAGCCGCGGGAUCCCAGCUCACAGAAGUGCCCAGAUCCCAGAUCCGAGGGCUUUUAUCCCAACGAGCCAAGUGCAUUUGUUCCGGCGCCGCCGCUCUCCUCCUCCGUGCCCAGGAACGCUGACGGAUUUAGGAGUUUUGAACAAAUCCUCUCUGCAGUUGAAACACACAGUUGCUUAAUCUGCCUUGGAACUGUUUUUUCACACAUGCCUUUGUUUGGGGAGCGUCUGUCCUGUGCUCGUAGAGGUUUUUGCUGUGUGGAAUUUUGGUCCUUUUUCACAGAUAACUGGUGCUCAUCACAUCCUGGUAAUUCCCCUAAAUUAACCCUCUGAUUCUCAAUCUUGGGGCUUGGGAGGGGGGGUAUUUUUAAGUAUUUUUUAAGUAUUUUUAUUUGGUUUUGAUUUCUUUUUCACACCCCUCUCCCCUCCCUGUUUCCCAUUCCUGAAUCCCCCACCUUGAGGGGGGCUAAAAUCAGAGCCCCCCACCCCCUGAGGGUGCACUGUAAAUAGAAUUUGGGAAAAGGUGAAAAAUUAGGGAUCCUGAUCCCUAAUUUGAGGAUUUGAGGGAUUUGAGGAUUUUUUUUUUUUUUUUAGUCGUUCCCUUUUGUUGUGGCUGCUUUCUGCUGCCCCCGUGGUGUGGGAGGUGCCUCAAGGUGUGGAGCUGGAAAAGCCAGAACCCAAAAAAAAACCCCACUUUAAACAAAGAAAAAACAACAAAAAAAAAACCAAAAUAGGGAGGACUUGGAGCUUCAUUUUGUGGGCAUUAUUUUGGUUGCUUUUCUCUUAAUAAGCACUUAAGUUUACUGCUAAUUAGGAAUUAAAAACCAAUCGCUUUUUAUUCCUGACAGUUUUUUUAAAACAAACAAACAAACAAAAAAA